CGGAGGCGGCAGCACAGGCGGUGGUGGACGCGCAGGCGCAGCAGCAGCAGCAGCAGCAGCAGCAGCCGCAGCCGCAGCCGCCGCAGCCGCCACAGCAGCCGCAGCAAGCGUUCGCCAUGCAGCCGAUGGUGCAGGCGCUGUCUUCGCCGUCGCAGGCUUGGCCGCCGCACACCCGCGAGGCGCCCCAGCCAGCGGCGUGCGCCCCUGGCGGCGACACACACGGCACCCAAGCCACGCCGAUGGCUGCGUCAUUUGGCACUGUUGCAAGCGACCCGUUUGGCGCGUUGCAGCCACCGCCGGCGUGGCAACAGCAGGCGCCGUCCUCGCAGCCGCCCGCGCCGCCCCACGCGCCGCAGCAGGCCGCCUACCCGCAGCCGCCGCAGGCACAGCCAGCGCCCCCUGCUCCUGCCGGUUUCCUGAGCAGCUACGAGACGCAGGCUCUGCCCACUGCUUUUGGCACGUCCUUUGGAACCUCCGCCCCGCCCGCGCCGGCGCCAGCGCCUGGGUUCGAUUCCUUCUCCGCCCCGCCCGCGCCGGCGCCAGCGCUUGGGUUCGAACCCUUUCCCUCACCGCCCGCGCCCGCGCCGUCGCCUGGCUUCGAUUCCUUCUCCUCGCCGCCAGCGCUUGCGCCGGCACCCACGACCGGCUUCGCCUCCUUCGGCGCUAGCACCUUUGGCGGGCCGCCGCAUGCGGUGGCGCCGGCACCGGCGCCACCGCCGCCGCCGCCGAUCGUUGCGAUGGGCGGCCCCGAGUACGCGCGGUACGUCCAGCUCUUCCACUCGCUCUGCCGAGGAAGCUGGGCCAUCAGCCGCGCGCAGGCGGAGCCCACCUUCAGCCGCGCAAGGCUCCCAAGCGAAGACAUUGACGCCGUGUGGGCGCUGUGCGACACCGACGGCGACGGCUACCUCGCGCGCAAUGAGUUCGCGGUCGCCCUGCACAUUGCCGCGGCGCGCUACAAGGGCGCGGCGAUGCCGCUGCAGCUACCCUCGGGAGGCGGCGGGGACGCCGAGCACGUCCACCGCUCGGGCCUGCUGAGCGCCAACAAGAGCAAGCGGUGGUGCGUGCUGAGCGGAGGCAAGCUCGACGUCUUCGACAAAAAGGCGGAUCACACCAAGCCACCAAAGAUGAGCCUCGACCUCCGCGCAGACGUCAGCAAAGUGGCGCGGAGCGACCUCAAAUCCUUCAAGCUCGAGCUCCACCCUGGCUCGCGGCAUGCCAAGGCGGCCAAGAGCGCCGGAGGCAGUGCGAGCCUCCUCUUCUCCUCGGACGACAACACGGAGAUCUCGAAGUGGGUGAAUGACCUGACCAAGGUGGUGUCGGGGCUGCAUGGCGGCCACUGA